AUCAUUUCUGAUAAAUUGUGUUAUUUUCGAAAUGAAGACCAUAUUAGCAUCACAAAUUGUAAAAAUUCCCAAAGAUGUUAAACUAAAGGUGAAAUCUAGAGUUGUUACUGUACGCGGCCCUCGCGGGAUUCUUCGAAGACCUUUUCGCCACGUGCAAGUGGAUAUGGAGCUCAUCGGAAAAGAUAAAUUGAGAGUCCAAAAGUGGUUUGGAAUACGUAAAGAAUUAGCCACUGUCCGUACAGUCUGUUCCCAUAUCGAAAAUAUGAUAAAAGGAGUUACGAAAGGAUAUCUGUACAAAAUGCGAUCUGUGUAUGCCCAUUUCCCCAUCAACAUAACAACGUCUAAAGAUGGAAGCUUGGUUGAAAUCCGAAAUUUCUUGGGUGAAAAAAUCGUCCGACGUGUGGAAAUGCAACCUGGUGUGGUUUGCCAAAAUUCAACAGCACAGAAAGAUGAGCUGAUCAUCGAAGGAAAUGAUAUUGAAUCCGUGUCUCGGUCUGCAGCCCUAAUUCAUCAGUCAACAUUGGUAAAGAAAAAAGACAUAAGAAAAUUCUUAGAUGGUAUUUAUGUUUCUGAAAAAACUUCGGUUGUAAAAGAUGAAUGAAAAUUUUAUUUUGUUACAACGUUUUAAAAAAAUAAUUUGAAAAUAAAAUGAU